UUUGUAAUGUGAGUCGCAAGGUUUUAACAAAAAUUGGUUGUAAUUAAUUAGGUACAUUCGAAUUCCUGUAAAUAAGAAUCUCUAUAAACAAAUGAACACUACAGUCAUGCAAAAGGAACAAAAGAAAAAACCAUCGAAAAGCAAAAUCAAAAUCAAUGCACUGCGGGAGGAAGUCCAGCGGCUUCGAUCGGAGCUGAUGCGCUUGGAGGGCGAGCGCAUCGAGAUGGCCGUCCGCCAGACCGAUCUGAUGAGCCAGUGGAACUCGGUUUCUGCCACCUACCAGUCGGCGGUUCGCGAACGUGACAAGACGAUCCUGGAACUGCUGCUGGAAACGGACGGCACCCAUCAUGGUGGUAACAAUAACAACAGACCAAGUGAAAAAACGCUCAACAACGAGGAACUGCUGAGGGCCGUGGGUCUACCCGCGGUAGACAAAGAAGUACAAACCGAACUGUGGUAAAGUGUGGCAAUUUAUUUUCUAAUCAUUGACAUGUACAAAGGAACCUAAAUAAUAAUAAUAAUAAUAUGUA